AUGACGAAUUUGGAGGAUAAGGAAAGGAGACAUGUAUUUGGCUUACCUGAGUCAGCUAUAGCCAUGACAGGAGUAGGUGAAGCCUUUAAUGAUUCCUGUGGUUAUAUGUCACCUGAGUAUGCCCUGCAAGGCCUCUUCUCAGUAAAAUCUGAUUCUUUCUAUAAGUAUAAUGGAAAGGUUAAGAAUUUGAUCACUUCAAAGGUUUUGCUUUUCUUCGGGUGUGGAAACUGUGGAGAGAUGAUAAAGCUCUGGAGUCUGGACCUGAUGGAUCCUGUAUUGGUAAACGAAGCAUCAUAUCCAAUUCUUAUAAGAUACAUUGAAGUGGCACUCCUCUGUGUACAAGAGAACGCAACCAAUAGACCAACCAUGUCAGAAGUAGUCUCAAUGCUUACAAAAUGA